GGCGCCCGUCUGUGCGACGUCUACGCCGCCGUGAUGGACGUGGUCAAGAAGCAGCGGCCGGAGCUGCUGGGCAAGGUCACCAAGAAUUUGGGGUUCGCCAUGGGCAUCGAGUUCCGCGAGGGCUCCCUGGUCAUCAACAGCAAGAACCAGCAGCGCCUCAAGAAGGGCAUGGUGUUCAGCGUCAACGUGGGUCUCUCGGAGCUGCCCAACCGCGAGGCCAAGCGGCCGGAGGAGCGCAGCUACGCGCUCUUCCUGGGCGACACCGUCAUGGUGGACGAGGACGGCCCUGCCGUGGUGCUCACGGCCGUCAAGAAGAAAGUGAAGAACGUCGGCAUCUUCCUCAAGGUGAGGCCGAAG